UUAUGACCUACAUUGCAACAUGCACAUUUUCAAAAUUACAUGGAGUUUUCAUCAUUUUGAUUCCAAAUAAACCGGCUACAAACGAUUAAAGAACUCACAAUGGUAAAAGAACAGUUUAGGGAAACUGAUUUGGCAAAGAAGAUAAGCCAUGUCACUUUUGGGAUGUUCAGCCCUGAGCAGAUGCAGAAACAAGCACAUAUUCAAGUCGUCAGUAAGAACCUAUAUAAUCAAGAUGGCUCAAGGAAACCAAUUCCUUAUGGGAUGCUUGAUCACAAAAUGGGCACUAGUGAAAAAGACAACAUGUGUGACACUUGUGGAAAAAAUCUUGCUGAAUGCUUAGGGCAUUAUGGGUACAUUGACCUGGAACUUCCUGUUUUCCACAUUGGCUAUUUCCGCACAACUAUAAUGAUUUUGCAAAAUAUAUGUAAGAACUGCAGCCAUGUCUUGCUACAACCAGAGCAGAGGAAACAGUUUCUUGAUACCCUCAAACGACCUGGGAUGACAUAUUUACAAAAGAAAAUCAUGAAGAAAAAAAUCAAUGAAAAAUGCAGAAAGAAUUCCAAAUGUCCAAAUUGUAAUGAACAUAAUGGGGUUGUGAAAAAAUGUGGUAUGUUAAAGAUCAUACACGACAAGUAUAAGUCAACAAAGAAAACCAAAGAGCCAUUCGUACAUGAGUUUGUUCAAUCAUUUGAUGAGGCCUUAAAGCAUAACAAGGAGCUUGAGCAGAUGGUUGGCAAGGCCCAAGAUAUACUUAACCCUCUCAUUGUGCAGUCUCUGUUUAGGAGAAUCCCAGAUGAGGAUAUUCCCCUCUUAAUGAUGAACACAGCGAGCUGCCGACCAGAGGAUAUAAUCUUAACCCGUAUACUAGUGCCACCUAUAUGUAUUAGGCCAUCUGUUGUGUCUGAUCUGAAAUCUGGAACAAACGAAGAUGAUGUCACAAUGAAGUUGACAGAAAUUGUGUUUCUUAAUGAUGUUAUCCAGAAGCACCGGACUGCUGGAGCAAAGAUGCAGAUGAUAAUGGAAGACUGGGAUUUUCUCCAGUUGCAGGUGGCGCUGCUGUAUAACAGUGAGACAUCUGGGAUACCCUUGCAUAUGCAGCCAAAAAAGCCGAUGAGGGGUUUCUGUCAAAGAUUAAAAGGCAAACAAGGUCGUUUCCGUGGAAAUUUAUCAGGGAAGCGUGUUGACUUUUCUGGAAGAACUGUUAUAUCUCCAGACCCCAACCUUAGAAUUGAUCAGGUGGCAGUACCAAUUCAUGUAGCAAAAGUCCUUACAUAUCCAGAGCGUGUCAAUCGGGCCAACCUCGAAUUGAUGAAGAAAUUGGUGAUCAACGGCACUGAUGUUCACCCAGGAGCAAACUUCAUACAGCAGCGAAACAAUAACAUGAAACGGUUCCUGAGGUAUGGAAAUAGACAAAAGAUUGCUCAGGAAUUGAAAUAUGGAGAUAUCAUUGAGCGCCAUCUGAUGGAUGGAGAUAUUGUGCUAUUUAACAGACAACCAUCGCUACAUAAACUCAGUAUACAAGCUUUCUAUGCCAAGGUAAAACCACAUAGAACUUUCCGGUUCAAUGAAUGUUGUUGUAACCCAUUCAAUGCGGACUUUGAUGGUGAUGAGAUGAACCUUCAUCUCCCUCAGACUGAAGAGGCCAAAGCUGAGGCAUUGAUACUUAUGGGAUCAAAAGCCAACAUUGUCACACCAAGGAAUGGAGAACCUUUGAUUGCUGCUAUUCAGGAUUUCAUUACAGGUGGCUAUUUGUUAACACAAAAGGAUGUGUUCUUUGAUCGUGCAAGAACUUCCCAGUUGAUCUCAUCAAUCUUAGCUGAGAGGGAUAUCAGCAUGAGAAUUGACCUGCCACCCCCAGCCAUUAUAAAGCCUUGUAAACUGUGGACAGGAAAACAGAUAUUCGGCUUACUCCUACGCCCUAAUAAGGACUGUAUUGUCAAGGCAAAUCUGCGUACAAAGGGGAAGAACUAUAGCAAUGGGGAGGACAUGUGUGUCAAUGACUCAUACAUAUGUAUCCACAAUAGUGAGUUGAUGUGUGGCGCCAUGGACAAGAGUACUCUAGGGGGAGGCUCAAAGAACAACAUAUUCUACAUCCUACUACGGGACUAUGGGGAAGAAUAUGCUGCAAGUGCAAUGGGAAGGUUGGCAAAAAUCUGCCCACAAUUUCUGAGUAACAGGGGAUUCUCCAUUGGCAUUGGUGAUGUCACACCUGGAGCUGGAUUACUGAAGGCAAAAUAUAUGCUACUGGAUGAAGGGUACAGUAAGUGCAAUGAAUAUAUCGAGGAUCUAAAGGAGGGUCGACUGCAGACUCAACCUGGAUGCUCUGAAGAAGAAACUCUGGAAGCUAUGAUACUGAAGGAGCUCUCUGUUAUUCGAGACCAUGCUGGGAAAGCCUGUCUAAGAGAACUGCACAAGAGUAACAGCCCACUCAACAUGGCUAUAUGUGGAUCUAAAGGUUCAUUCAUUAAUAUCUCUCAGAUGAUUGCCUGUGUGGGCCAGCAGGCCAUCAGUGGCAAGAGAGUGCCAAAUGGUUUUGAGGACAGAGCUCUGCCACACUUUGAAAGACAUUCAAAGGUCCCUGCUGCUAAAGGGUUUGUGUCCAAUAGUUUCUACAGCGGCCUUACCCCAACAGAGUUCAUGUUUCACACUAUGGCAGGGAGAGAAGGUCUCGUUGACACGGCUGUAAAGACUGCAGAGACAGGCUACAUGCAGAGACGUCUCGUCAAGUCCCUAGAAGAUCUAUGCUCGCAUUAUGACACAACUGUCCGCACAUCACAGGGUGAGAUUGUACAGUUUGUUUAUGGCAACGAUGGACUUGACCCUGUUGCUAUGGAAGGCAAAGACAGACCUGUUGACUUUAAACGUGUCUUGGAUCAUAUAAAGGCUAAAUUCCCAUGUACUAAAGAAGAUGCGCUAACAGGAGCUCACCUUGUACAGGUGAUAAGUCAAGCUGUAGAGAGACCAGAAUUUGAUGACUGCAAUCAGGAAUUAAAGGAUGAGUUAUUAGAUUUUAUGAAGCAAACUGCAGAAAAGAUCAACAAAGUAAGGCACAGAUAUGGGGCAGGUAUAAACCCCAAAGAUCCUCAAAUAGCCCCUGUGGUGUACCAACUAGAGAGAAUCACAUCCACACAGAUUGUAGAAUUCCUCCUGCUGUGUAGGGAAAAGUUCAUGAGGGCAAAGGUUGAACCAGCAACUGCAGUGGGCGCUAUAUGUGCGCAGAGUAUUGGAGAGCCUGGUACACAGAUGACCUUGAAGACCUUUCACUUUGCUGGAGUUGCCUCUAUGAAUAUCACCCUUGGUGUGCCGCGUAUCAAGGAGAUCAUCAAUGCUUCUAAGACAAUCAGCACACCAAUCAUCACAGCACAACUUGAUGUGGAAGAUGACCAAGAGUUUGCAAGAGUAGUUAAAGGAAGGAUUGAGAAGACAACUCUUGGGGAGGUGUCAGAAUAUAUGGAGGAGGUCUUCCUACCAGAUGAUAUAUUCCUACUAGUUAAGCUAGACUUAGAGAGGAUACGGUUGCUGAAGCUAGAAGUUGAUGCCGAGUCGAUUAAGAUUGCUAUAUGUGCUGCCAAAUUAAAGAUAAAACCACAGCAUGUUAUAAUUCAUGGUGAGGCUGUUAUUUGUGUACGUCCGGUAGAGAACAAUAAAAGUUCAAUGUACUAUGUGAUGCAGCUGUAUAAGAGAGAACUUCAAAACGUUGUUAUCAAGGGUCUUCCCACUGUUACAAGGGCUGUCAUCCAUGCUGAUGAGAAAAAAGGAACAACAUACAAUCUGCUGGUGGAAGGAGAUAACAUGAGACAAGUCCUUGCUACAAGAGGUGUCAAGGGAAGUAAGACCACAUCAAACAACACAUUUGAGGUUGAGAAGACUCUUGGCAUAGAAGCAGCAAGGACAACUAUCAUGAAUGAGAUCCAGUACACUAUGAAGAGUCAUGGAAUGAGUAUAGACAUCAGACACACCAUGUUGCUAGCUGACCUUAUGACCUACAAAGGAGAGGUCCUUGGUAUCACAAGAUUCGGCCUGGCUAAAAUGAAAGAGAGUGUACUCAUGUUAGCUUCGUUUGAGAAGACCUCAGAUCAUCUGUUUGAAGCAGCCUAUCAUGGCCAAAGUGAUGUCAUAUCAGGUGUUAGUGAAUGUAUCAUCAUGGGAAUCCCAAUGAGACUGGGAACCGGGCUCUUCAAAUUACUUCAAAAAGCAGACAGGGGUCCUCCAUUGAAGAAGCGUCCAUGUGUAUUUGAUGCUCCUGAACUCCAUCUGCCAUUCACUGCUGCAACUUGAUAUCCACGAUUGUGUGAUUUACAUCUUCCACCAUUCAUCUCAUUUGGACAAUAAUCCAAAGCCUGCUUACUUGGUGGUUAUGGGACUUGGGAAUACAUUUCUGAUGAAAAUUUUGCAUCUUUAUUUAUAAAAUCAGUAGGACGUUACUUAGAUCACUUGGAGCACUUACCAGAGGAGUUUAGAAAGUUCUCUUACUAUAUGACCUUAUGCUUUCCCGUCAGGAAUUUUUGUACUUUAAAUGGUGUUAUGAUAUUCUCCAGAAGAUCAUUCAAUGUUCAAGACUCAUAUCAGGCUUCGUAUUAUUUGUGUGUAAAAAUAAGACUUCAAAUGCUCAGACAUCUUGCGGAUGUGAAUCGAUGUGUUCAUAACUGAAUUUGUGAUCUUUACAAAUGCCUUUUUGAGAGUCUCCAACAAUGUCUAAGGAUGUGUUCCACUAAAAGUGGUUAUUAACACAAAGUGACUUAAAAGCAUUACCAUGCAUAAGUGUUCUUAUGGACAGUUUUGUUACUGUAUUUGAUAUGGCCAAUAAAUCAAGAAUACUUAAUAAAUUUACUGUAUUUUUUAUCCUGUUUCAUUGUAUAAUUGGGUCUCUUGUAUUGUUGUGUUAAUAAAUUGAAUUCACAUACAUCAUGUCUCAAAUAUAAUGCAAGCCCGUAGCCAGCUUUUGCCAAGAGAGGGCUUACUUUUUGAAAAAAAUCCAGGGGGAUCACUUUUGACAACUUUUCCAAAAUCACUUGAAAAACACCCAGGAUGGUGGAAAAUUACAGGAUUUUGAAAGAACUUUUGUUCAGGUGGGAACUUGGAGAAUUUUUGUUUCUCAAGAACAUAAUAUAUUUAACAACAUAUAUUUUCAUACUUCAAUAUAUUUGCAAUCUAUAUUCAUGUAUUGUAUAUAUACUUGUACAUAUUGUUGCUGUACACUUAUAUCGUAAUUAAUAUAUUGUAAUUAAAAAACAACGUAUUUUACAUGAGUGAAUGUAAAACAAUGGAGUUAGGCAAGUGUAAAUAAAAUGUUUUGCAUAUACUUCAUGGAAAUACCACAUUACACAUUAUCUUUGGAAAAUAAAAUGGAGCUCUUACAUAUAUCUCUUUUUAUUUUACAGAAACAUUUGUUUUGAUAAUUUAAAAAAAUAGAAACUCAUAUCUCAUGCAACAGAAUAAUGCUAAACAUAGCAUUUAUUUACAUUGGCCUUAUGUCCCUAUUAUACAUGUUCAGAGAAACGUUAACUUAAAUAAUCAAAUAAAAAGUGUUGGCUGUAUAAAAUCUACAUAUACACACAUCAACACUAAAAUAUAAAAUAAUAGAUGAAUACAUAAGUCCACAUUCAUUCAGACAUUGGCCAUAUGUACAGAAGGUUAUGUACACUACUUUAUGUACAAUGCAUGAAAUGAAGGGCAAAAUUAUUUUCCUUAUAAUUAAUUGGCAUUACAAUGGAGAUGGCCAGAUCUAAUCUCAACUUUGCCUAGACGCCAACUUUUUUCAGUCAGUCAACAUGCAGGUUUACUUGAUUAAAUAGUCAAUAUUGGCCCUCGCAUAAUUAUUUGUAUGUAAUUUGGCAAACUUUUUAAAAAGUUCCCGAUUUCAUUUUUAGUUGAAUAUUUUUCACAAUGCUAAUAGAUUUCAAGUUCUGAAAGGUGUUCACUUUCACUCAAGUGUAUGUAGUUGUACUUGGAUAUUUGUAUUGUUAUGGUUUCAAUUGUGUGGGACAACUUUGUAAUGGUCCUCUUGUCAUGGUUGGAAUAUAAUACAGCCUCAUGGUAUUUUUCAUAGUUUAAUCACGUGAUAUAUUUCUGUACCAUUUUAUGGUUUGUGUGGCAAUAUAUAUAUAGGCUUACUGUGCAGUAUGGUACUCACACUAUGGUUUGGAGGGUAACUUUGUUCUGGUACCAAUGUUAUAUGGUCCUCAUGUUACAGUCCAUUUGUAUGGUAUAUGCACUUGAUUGUCCCAAUGUAUGGGUACACAACUACACAUGAUCUGGUGCCAAUGUAUAAAGUUCCUUUGUUAAGGUCCCAAAUCCCAAUG